ACAGUCUUGUUUCAUGCCCUGGAAAUAUGUCGAAGACCCCAAGCCCCACAAAAACUGGUAGCAAAAAACAGUUGCCUUUGGAAGCAUCUCCAGAUCCAGCAUCCAAGCCAGAGAGUAGCAAGUUUUCCAGCUCUCUGCUCACCGUUGAAAAUGUCAAAAAACACCAAGAGGAGAACCUCUAUUGCCAAUGGUCAAUAGAAACUUAUAUUGAAGAAAGUAAUCGCUUUCUGAAUGAGAGCGGAACCAAGGCGGAGGGCAGCAGGGAGCAGGCGGUGUCAAAUGAAGAGGAAUCAAGAGUUCUUCGUGAAGAUUUCCAGACAAGGCCUCUGUCAGCUCCAGUUCCUGAAACGCAGUCACCCAAGAAACGGGAAGUUGCUGAUUUGGAGACUCAGACUGAGUGGAGCUACUCCGUCAGCUCUGAAGACUCCAGUGAGCUGAAAAUAGAGAAGGAGCAGCAGAGACGUACAGACAGGAAAAAGAAAAGUGAGACCACAGAAGGCACAGAAACACUCUAUCGUGUGGAAGAGGAAGGAAUAUCCGAGAGUGAACCGGAGACUCCAGAAAGCACCACUGAGGAGGAGGAGAAGGUAAAGUCUUUUCUCCUAGAUGAGGUGAGAUUUCGGAUUUCUUCUUUCUUCCAGGCUUAUCCAGCUUUCCAUGCAAAUGCAGGAUAUUUAUGGCAGCUAAAAAUAACACAACACACUGAUUGUGUCUUUGAGGAUCAUUUGGUCACCGAUCUGUGCCUGAUGGGCCGCUGUGAGUUUUGCACCUCCCUCGUGAAGCGUUUGCCGUCCCCGGAGGAGCUGGAGGAGAAGCCGGAGGCGAUGGAUCACUUUUUGUGUUGCAGGACCUACAAAGAGGUUUUCCGGUGGGUGAUACAGGACUUCCUGGAGAAGCCAGGCAGCGGAAUCGACAUCCGUCCCCACGGCCGACUGUCCCUUGGAGCGAUGGACAGCAAGAUGAAAGCGAUGCUCAUAGACGAAUUACACGAGCGAGGAUUUGAGAGAUACAGAGAGAUAUUUACGCAGUACAUGAAGUUUGGCCCGUGCGUCAAAAUUAAGUUCAGAUUAUCAGACUACCCCCCCAAACCAGAAACCACCAUCCUAAAGAAACGGCAUCCAGAACCCCAAGAGCUCCUGGAGAUCGACUUGGAAUUCAAAGCUGAGCAAUUAAAGUUGAAGGAUCCAACCAUGCUUUGGGUCCUUCAGCAAUAUGGAACCACAGAGCACCUGGUGAGGCCUUCCGUGCUGGAGAAGAUCCGCAAAAUCUUGGCCAACGUGAAGAAAGCAUUGAAGAAACUGGAGUCUGACCCCUCAGAAGAAGCUGCAGACCUGCGCCCUGUAUUGAAGGUGUACGAAAGGAUGCGCCAACGACAGAAGAAGAAGAAGAGGCAAGAAGAGGCAAGAAGAAGAGAGAAGUUAAGAUUGCAGGAGGCCAACCUCGCACUUUAGUAGCACGGAAACUACGAAGUUAGCUUCAUGUAGAAACCAUUAAACCUUCCCUCCGU